CACACAUUGGACACAUUGGACACAUUGGACACAUGAACCUAACUUUAGAUUCCUCACUCCUAAACUUGUAUUAAGCGCUGCUUCUAUUACCCUUCCCUCGUUUGUCCUACCUCUCCCCACAUAGUCUAUUUACGAAACCAUGGCCCGCGGCAACCAGCGUGAAAAGGCGCGCGAGAAGAACCUCAAGGCCCAGUCUGCUCAGAAAUCAAAGAACGCGAAGAGCGGUACUGAGAUGCAACGCGACAAAGAAGCUGUCGCCGAGAUGAUGCGCAAGAAGCAAGCUGCUGCCGACGCGAAGAGGGCAGCCGCUGCUGCUGGCGGAAAGUAAAUGGACUUCCAGCAUAGCGAAUGGCGUAUUUACAUACCUUAGGUAUAAGAGGGACAUGUUUUGCGAUAUGAUAUAGGGCGAAUUUUUUUUUCCGACCAGACGGGGUUCUAGGUGCAUAGCGGCGUCUAGACUUUCUCAAUCUCGUUCCUUGAUGAAUGCGAUUAUCAUUAAUCCGUAGUGUUCCCUUGAUGUGACUGUUUCCGGACAUCUGUCUGCUAUAUACUUGGUUCACUUAAGAAUAAUCUUCCACAUUGAACAGGCGGUCACAUUAUUGUAUUGGAUUAAGUAUUGGUAUUUUUACUUGAUCUGAUGACCUAUUAAGUGCACCUAUAAUAUACGAUCCAGUCAUAUGU